ACAUAUAAAUUGAGUAAUUAGGAUGAACAAGAACCCUAAUUUGUCUACACUCAGCGGCUCAGCCUCUCUCGAGCAGUAUCGUGAGCUGCGCAUAAUUCGAGAUCUGCAUCAAUGGCGACUGCUAGAACCGUGAAGGACGUUUCACCCAAUGAAUUUGUCAAGGCCUACGCCGCACACCUCAAGCGUUCUGGCAAGAUGGAGCUUCCUGAGUGGACAGAUAUUGUGAAAACUGGAGUACUUAAAGAACUUGCUCCUUAUGAUCCUGAUUGGUACUAUAUUAGGUCAGCUUCCAUGGCAAGGAAGAUAUAUUUAAGGGGAGGUCUUGGUGUUGGUGCCUUCCGGAGAAUUUACGGUGGGAGUAAGAGGAAUGGAAGUCGUCCACCCCAUUUUGGCAAAAGCAGUGGGUCCGUUGCUCGCCACAUUCUUCAGCAGUUACAGAACAUGAACAUUAUAGAUAUGGAUCCGACGGGUGGAAGAAGAAUCACGUCUAGUGGGCGACGGGAUCUUGACCAAGUUGCUGGAAGGAUUGCUGUCGUUGCACCUUCAUAGAUUAUAUAGGCUUCAGUUUAAGCUUGUUGAAGAGAGCUCUUAGAAAAAAUCUUUGAACAAAUUUUGGCUGCAAAUGUUAUGUAUGCAUCGUCAUGAUGUUUUUGACUCGGUAAUUUCUAUAAAGUUUCAUCCAGGUGUACUGUUGGAGCAAAUAGUCGCAUUUUGAUUUUGAUUUCAUUUAUGAAUGUGAUUUUGUUGGAUUAUACAAGUCUGUCAUUUUACUUGUGUUA